UGGAGGUAGACAGUGAUUGCAUUGAUACCUUGUGUGCGGAUCUCUGAACGGUGAAUGACAGAGGCUGCUUAUUGUAACCCAGACUGACCCAGUGAAAAGACCAAGUUUCCAUCCUUCCUUCCAAUAUGAGCUGUCUUUCUGCGUUUGCAUACAGCGCAGUGAGCUUACAAAGUGCGCAGAUGGUCUGGUCUCGGUAGCUAACGCUAGCUCUGCAAAGCUGCUAUCAGUGGUCCGCUCCAGCUGUACCGUUCACACCACAGGCACACGCUUUCAUUUCAGAGUCCGCAUCAUGAAUCUGUUUCGUCUGGUGUGCCGCCACAAGACAGCGCUGGUCAUUGGCACAGUUUGCAGCUUUGCUGUAGUUCUUGUCUUCUUAGCAAAAUGCACAUCAGAAACCCUAAAACAGGGUCACCCCGAUCCUCCUGGCAGAGCCCCCCAAGCCAUCGGUUUUCAGUCCCGCCCAGCGCAACAGAAUCCUCCCUCCGCAUCCAAAGACUUGUCAGCAUUUCUCGUGGUCCUCAUCACAACAGGCCCGAAGUACACGGAGCGACGUAGUAUUAUCCGCAGCACCUGGCUUGCCAAGCGGGACUCUGAUGUUCUGGCCAUGUUUGUAGUAGGAACACAGGGCCUUUCCAGUGAGGACCUUCAGAAUCUUAACACGGAGCAAGGGCGGCACAAGGACUUACUCUUACUGCCCGACUUGCGAGACUCUUACGAGAACCUGACCCUCAAACUGCUGCACAUGUACACCUGGCUGGACCAGAACGUGGAGUUCACGUUUGUCCUGAAAGCAGAUGACGACACAUUCGCUCGCUUGGACCUCCUCAAAGAGGAGCUGAAGGGGAAGGAGCCCAACCGGUUGUACUGGGGCUUCUUCUCAGGCAGAGGCCGGGUGAAAUCGGCGGGGAAGUGGCGCGAAAGCUCAUGGGAGCUGUGCGAUUACUACCUCCCCUACGCGCUGGGCGGCGGCUACGUGCUCUCGGCCGAUCUGGUGCAUUACGUGCGUCUUAAUGCAGGAUACUUCAAGACGUGGCAGAGCGAGGACGUGUCGCUGGGCGCGUGGCUGGCACCGGUAGACGUCCGGCGGACACAUGACCCACGCUUUGACACAGAGUACAAAUCACGCGGUUGCAACAACAAAUACCUGGUGACGCACAAGCAGAGCUUGGAGGACAUGUUGGAAAAACAUCAGACUCUGCAGCGCGAUGGCAAGCUCUGCAAGGAGGAAGUCAAGCUGCGUCUGUCCUACGUGUAUGACUGGAGUGUGCCACCCUCACAGUGCUGCCAAAGAAAGGAUGGGAUCCCGUAAUCAUUGUUUUCUAAAAGGCUGAAGUUCGCUUUAUAUCUAUAGUCAUGUCGUCAAAGUCAGUAAUGUUAUCGGAUUUUUCCUUUCCACCAAGUCUCCAUUGUUAGACCGUUUAAAGUCACCUAAUUGAUACAAGACAUUAUACAAAUUGUAGCAUUUGUGAAAACACAAAAAGGGUGCAAUUCACUGUUUUUUGAUUUUAUUUUUGUUUUAUCGUGUUAAAGCAGCUUUAGGAGCUCUAAACCUACAAUUAGUUUCAUUUCCCUUUUGUGUGGGUUUGACAUGUUAAAGCUGUGGUGGUGAGGGUUUGGAUGGAGAAAAAGCCAUGAACGAAGAGAUUCACAUUUUCACAAAUCUAAAGCUGUGUUUCAAACAGUCUUUUGGGGACUCCACGCAUUAAUACUUGCUUUUAUGUGGUUAUAGAGCUAAAAUCACCCAUUUAAAUCAGAGCGACAGCUUGAAGCACGAUGUCGGGUAUCAGUUUUACGGCUUGGCUUGAACCGUCAAGAGAUAUUGCUCCUCGAGUAUUUUAACAGAAGCCAUCUUCAGUCCUGCUUCGUUGUUGAGCCCCUUCGGUUUUACUGUCAGUGCUUAACCUUAUCACCUUCUGCCUACUUCUUUUCAGUGUCUGUAUGUUCUCUUAACCUGCUGUACCUUUUUCUACAUAUAUGAGAUAUGCUUUAAAGUUAUUACAGUAUAGUAGCUAGUACAAGAAAAACACAGACAGGAGAUUGUUGCCAUUCUGUUGAUGUCUACCUUUUUUCUUUUGUUAUUUUAUUCUGCGGCAAACAUGACACACUGGUAUUGAGUUUGGACGGGCUUGCAGUGGGUGUGGUCGCUGCUCAUGGAUACAGUUUGUAUUUAAAAUAUGUUUGAAAAAAUUCACAAAAGUCGUAGAUUGACUUUUUGUUUACGAUCGAUGGCGCUCAAGGUUUUGCGUGUCUCCGAGAAUGUGUACGAGAAAAUGGGCGAACAUGUGGGAUUCGGCAGGACUUCUUUUUUUUUUCCUCAUGUUGGAACCUGUUUGAGAAUUCUGUUAUGGUACUUACAUUUCUGAUAGAGCACUAAAGUCCAGGCGUGGAUAUUUUACUGUACAGAGGCAUAAAUCUGAAUGUUUUGUUUACAACACAACACAGAUGCGGGAGUCGACUACCGGCUGGCACUGAGUCACUUUUUUUUUUUUUUUUUUUAA